GUUCGUUAAAUACGGCAGGUGGAGUUAGCAAGUCGGACAUUUCCGAGUUUCCUAGUUCCGACUAAUACGCGAACGCGGCACUAAUGCAUUCAAACACUGACACCGUGACAACCGUUAGUCGCAUGGCAACAGCCCACUGACCCCAUGACUAGCGCCCUCACAUUAUCGCUCUCGGGCAUGCUGCUGUAACGGUGUACUCGGCUGCUGGUAUCUAGUCCAAAAAUAACAGUUCCAAUGGAGAGUAGCACAGUGGUACAAGUAAGGCUCCCCCAAGCCUAUGGUCAAAGGAUGCUUUUUACAGGUCCAGAUGGAAUUGGAGACUACAAGGCAAGAUUGAUGGACUUUCCCCACUACAUUGGCGUUGGCCCUUUGUCACCUGAGGGUACAAGCGAUUUGAAUUACCUGUGCCGGCCUGCUCCCUGCGCCCCACCCCCCAUGCCCAAACAGUACUGCAUUGGAGGGGUGGGAUGGGGCAUGGAAUAUCACCAGCUGUUGAACAGUAGGACUCUGCUCAGCAAUAUGCAAAUUAAGAGAGCUGAAUUCCGCUCAGCCCUUGAGGACAGAGUCACCCACAGAUAUCAAAACCCAUGGCACGCACCGCCCGACUGUAUAGGUAAGCAAUCUGUUGGAGCCCGCAGCAAACUCGCAUCGACACAGGAGUACGACUGUUAUAUCCAAGACAACAACAAAAAGUUCCUUCUCAACAGGAGAGAUGAACUCGUUCAGAGAAAAGCUGCAGGUGCCUCACAAAUGAGUUCCUUGAAAUAGUUUGCGUGAAGAACGGAUGAUGAUUCAAUCAGUUGUGUUGUCCUGAAGACCUGACCAAGUGUCUGAUUAAAUACCACCUUUUCAUCUACUGUAUACAAAAGUGAAUCAAACCAUUUUACUCUGUCAGUACUCAAUUACAACUCUCAUUAGUAAUUUGCAUGAUCUAUUUCACUGAAAUGGUUUAGUAACACUGCAAGUAGGCUACUAUCCCACAUUUUGCAGUUAGAUAUGCAGCAACAUUUACAGUAAAUUAGGAAUCCUUUAAAUCCUCAAAUAAAGAUUUGAUGAGAUGAAAA